GACGUAGUCGGCGAGGUCGUGGGUGACGUGGUUGGCGACGUCGUGGGCGACGUGGUCGGUGAGGUUGUUGGUGACGUGGUUGGCGAGGUCGUGGGCGACGUGGUUGGCGAGGUCGUUGGUGAGGUUGUUGGUGACGUGGUCGGUGAGGUCGUUGGUGACGUAGUCGGCGAGGUCGUUGGUGAGGUCGUUGGUGAGGUCGUGGGUGACGUGGUCGGUGAGGUUGUUGGUGAGGUUGUUGGUGAUGUGGUUGGCGAGGUCGUGGGUGACGUGGUUGGUGAGGUUGUUGGUGACGUGGUCGGUGAGGUCGUUGGUGACGUGGUUGGUGAGGUCGUUGGUGACGUGGUCGGUGAGGUUGUUGGUGACGUGGUCGGUGAGGUCGUCGGUGACGUAGUCGGCGAGGUCGUUGGUGAGGUCGUGGGUGACGUGGUCGGUGAGGUUGUUGGUGACGUGGUUGGCGAGGUCGUGGGUGACGUGGUCGGUCAGGUUGUUGGUGACGUGGUUGGCGAGGUCGUUGGUGACGUGGUUGGUGAGGUUGUUGGUGACGUGGUCGGUGAGGUCGUUGGUGACGUAGUCGGCGAGGUCGUUGGCGAGGUCGUGGGUGACGUGGUUGGCGAGGUCGUUGUUGUACAACACUCAAGUAGAAGGUUGUAGUGGCUUAUUGCGCCACCUGCAGUUUUGCUGACGCACCACUGUAUUGGGGUCUCCCCUUCUUGAUAGCACGUGUCGACAUUUUGACAAACUUGUCCGCCGAGCCAGAUGCAACUCUGAAAGACACAUUCUGUGGCCUGUCCACCCUUGACGCAUGAUCCAAGGAUCCGCGUGUUUGGCGGAACUGUGAAGCAAUUGAAAUCCAAGUCCUGGUCGUCGUUGUCUUCCCAUUUGCAUGAGGUGGUUUC